AUGAAAGGCUCAUUAUUAUUGUUGUCCAUGAUUGCAAGUGCCAUGGCUGCCCCAUUAGAGGGUCAUCAGCACCAUGCUCACCAGCACAAAAGAGCUGUUGUUACUGAGAUUGUCUGGGUUGACGGUCAAGGUAACACAGUAUCUGCUCCAACUGUUUCUGGUGCUUCACCAGUAGCUGCUACAGGUUCUGUUUCAGCAGUUGGUUCUUCUAGCGCUACUGCUACUGCUAUUGCUAGCUCUAGUCCAACUACCUUGUCAACUGUCUACUCUUCAAGUACUUCAAGUGACAGUGAAACAGGUUCCACUUCUCAAACUGAGUCUACUUCGGCCUCCACUGAAUCUUCCCUGGGAUCUUCAGGUUCCUCUGGUAUUAGCGGAGACUUGUCAGCUUUCUCUGACCCAACCAAAGAGUUCGAGGAUGGUAAGUAUUCUUGUUCUUCUGUGCCAACCGGUCAAGGUGUGAUUGCUGUCGACUGGAUUCUGGGUUUGAACGGUGGUUGGACUUCAAUCAUGAACGAAGAUGGCGAUACCUCUUCGACUUGUAAAGAUGGCUACUACUGUUCUUAUGCUUGUCAAGCUGGUAUGUCUAAGACUCAAUGGCCAUCUGAGCAGCCAUCCAACGGUGUUUCCGUCGGUGGUUUGUUGUGUAAGAAUGGUAAGUUGUACAGAGCAAACACUGACAGCAAUUACUUGUGUGAAUGGGGUGCUGACAGUGCUGAAUUUAGCUCCGAAAUUUCCAAGGACGUUGCAAUUUGCAGAACCGACUACCCAGGUUCUGAAAACAUGAAUAUCCCAACAUUAUUAGAAGGUGGUGGUAGUGCUCCAGUUUCUGUUGUUGAUUCUUCUAGCUAUUACAAGUGGUUAGGUGGUAAGACUUCCACUCAAUACUACGUUAACAAUGCAGGUGUAUCUGUUGAAGAUGGUUGUAUCUGGGGUACUUCCGGCUCUGGUGUUGGUAACUGGGCUCCAGUUGUUCUUGGAGCUGGUAAGACCAAUGGUAAUACUUACUUGUCGUUAAUUCCGAACCCAAAUAACAAAGAUCAACCAAACUACAGUAUCAAGAUUGUUGGUUCAAAUGGCGCUAAUGUUAUUGGUGACUGUAAAUACGAAGAUGGCUCUUACUCUGGUGGUGGUUCCGAUGGUUGUACAGUAACUGUUACAUCAGGUACCGCUAAGUUUGUUUUCUACUGA